UUGAAGAGUUGAAGUUGUAGUUGUUUUUAUGAAACUAAGCGACGUAGAAAAUAGGAGUGUUCGUAUAUCGUAAUCAACAACCGCCCUUCCAACCAAACAUGUAUAACAUUAACAUUAACAGCAUACUUUUGGUUUUGACAUUAUUCAUAUCAGGUGUGGUUAGUCAAAAGUGCUAUGCCUGCCUAGACCAGGAUGAGAACACAGGGAAAUGCACAACUACUGUGGAAAACUGUAACUAUGGUGAAGACUAUUGCCUGUCAGAAAUCAAAUGGGGAAGUACACCAUAUUGGGAAAUUGGUGCUCCCAUGCAGUACUACAUUAGCAAGAGAUGUGCCUCAAUAGAUGAGUGCACCGCUACGAUAAACAAGUACAUGGCCAACUGUGUUCGCAUUUGGUGGAAAGACUGGAAAUGUGCAGAGUGUUGUAAAGGAGAUCGAUGCAACUAUUACAUUACUCUUGGAUCCUCUUCAGUGACCUCGAGCAUCUUCGUAACAGCAAUGGGUUGUGUUCUUGUGGUGGCUCUACACUGGUUUAAUUAGCACCUCAAAACAGCUUUACAAUGACAGCAUUUGGUGAUAGAGCAACGAACGAUUCUCAGUGUCACGUAGCUCAACAGGUUAUAUGUUGAAUAAGUGUUCUUUCAGGUACUUACAUUCUUACCAAAGCUCAAAGAGUCCAUUUCAUGCACAUAUUUCUGUGCUUUAGUGGAAAAAGGCCAAAUUAUGAAAAGUACAGUAGUAUACUGUAGUAUAUGGUUAUUUUUUUUUUUUUUUUUGUGGUGAAGUCUUACUACCUUAAGAAAUAUUGUGAUUAAAUGUAUUUUUAUUGCAUGUAAGAUACAUGAUGAAUUUAUAUAUAGUGUUCUUGAUGUAAGAUUCCAGAACUGACUGUAUCUCGGCUUUGUUAUGCUGAUUUUACACUUUUAGGCUGUACAAGUAUUUUGGAAUUAUGCAGAAUUUAACUUGUCUUUGAGAAUUCCAUAUAACUUUAUGCAAACUACUGUAGUAGUACCUUAAGGGAAGCUAUAUUCUUUAAAUUCAUAAACAAAGGUCAACAGUGAUAUAUUUACAGAUUUUAAUUCCGUCCAAUUAUUGUGUGCAUUGGUUUUUUGAGAAGUAUAAUUUCUAUGAUGAGAAAGUAGGCGGUACUUGAUGAUAUGAAAUAGUAGGCUUAGGUUUCUUUGUAUGUAUUUAAAUUGAAAUUUUCAGGUUUUUCCUGGCAAUUUUUAAUAUGUUUAAUGAAUAGUGUUUUAUUAUUUAAGUUAUAGACAUUAGAGAUGAAGGUUAAGUAAAUCUUGCAGGAAAGUAGUCUAUCUGAUUUUUAUUAUGCAUUAUUUUAUAAAUGACGCAUCUAGAAUUAGUUAAUGUUUUGAAGAAAUUUGUAAUAGUAAAAGGAAUUCUUAAUUUUAAUUGAAACUUGUUUUUACAUAGUGUAUAUGGAGUUUUGUUGUGAUUUUCAUUUUGAAGGUACAUAUUAUAGAUUUUAUGAGUAUUAAGAUAUUGAGAAUUAUAUUAAUAGAUUACAUUUUUUAAUUUGUGAAAUUGUUUUAAUGCAAAUGUAUUUCAAAACAUUAUUAUAGGAAAAGCUAUCUUGUGUUGUGAUUCCUCUCAAUGAAGUGGAAAUUAGGUGAACUGAAACUUACCUUUUUUUAUUGGUAAAUUUUGAUACAAGAAAAUAAUGGUUUUUGAUUGGUAGAAGGAAUUUGAUAUCUCAUUGAAAUAAGUUUUUCCCCGAUGCAGCUAAUCACAGUAAUAAAGUACAUGAUCUCCGUCCAAAGCAUUUGAGAUUUUGCUUAAUGUGAUCUAAUACUUCCAUUUUAAAAUCCGUCCAGUUUUAUCGGAAGGAAGCUUUGAAUUGGUGAAUGGGAUUGUAAAGAAUAUGAAUUGUCAGCAAAACCAUACUGCACAAAGUUUGAGGAUUUAUACUUUAGGAUACAGUAUUUUAUCUUUUAUAAAUUAUUGCAUUUUGUAGUCUUCAGAUGAGUGUAAGUGGCAAUAAUAUAAGUGGUAUGGAACAAAUUAGCAAGCUGAGGUUUUGUAAGUACGUAUACUGUAUGAUAAAUAAGUGAACUGUAGGAUUUGGAAUUAAACUUAAUUAUGGUGUUUCAAACAUUCCAUUUGUUCUGCUAGUGAAUUUUUAAGGACUGGAAAGCUUAUUGUAGAUCAAAAGUAAUAAUAAGGCCACAUGUUCUGCAUUUUGUGGUGGCAGGUAGUCUUUUAUCUGCAUCCACAUGACUGUUUGCAUUCUUGUCAUCUAGUUUUUUGCUCAAUAAUAUGGUUUUAGCUCAAAGCAAUACAAAUAGCAUACUGAAAAUUAGAAGCAUAAAGAAAUGAUGCUACGUAGUUAAAAAAAUUCUUUGGGACAAUUUAUGUACUGAAGAAGGCAAAGUAAAAGCAAAUUUGGCCAGCAAUUUGUUUUUAAUUUUUUCUUUUGAACAUAAGCAGCAAAACAAUUUGCAAACAAUUAUGUCAUUAAAUCGUUAAUAGACCUUUAAAGAUGUUUAUUGUACCAAAGGGAGUGGAGGUUAAUCUGUAAUCUUGUAUUAAUUACAUAUAUUCCCAUGUGUUGGUAAAGCAUUGCAUAUUUCUGUCACAGGCCAUAGAAUAUAUAUACAGUACCCUACCCAAUUUGCACUGGUCUAUGAGUGGAUCAAUUGUUGUUUCUUUAUCAAAGAAGGUAAGGAUAGUGCUUGAGGAAAUAAAGACUGUAAUGUUGUAUAAAGAAAUGUUGAGAUGAUAGUGUUAGGAGUGGAUUUUCUAGGAAAACAUUCCAAGAUUGGUAGCUUUGAUGAGUAGAUGUUCUAAGACAACAUUAGUCCAAGGAUUUUAAAUUUGUAAAGAGAGGAAGAUUAUGAAUUGUGAUGUUAAUUAACUUAGUACUGUCGACCUACCAAUGGGAGAGAAAUGUAAAGGGAAAUACUGUCAAGAUUACAGACUUGAGGGCAACUGCAUGUUGUGAUAAACCAUUUCAGGUUUUGGCCACUCGCAAAUUCUUUCUGGGCUGCAUGCACCUCACAGGUAAGUCUCUCAUAGCAAUAAUUCAUUGUGAGCUGUCAUAAAGAUAUUUCUGGUAAUAAAUAAUUAGUUUAGGUAAGACCUGUCUCACAGACAAGUUAUGUACUACAGAGGAUGCCUAUAGAAUAUGCAUAUUUGUUAUGAAUUCUUUAGUAAUUGUGUGUCAUCAAAAUCUCAGUGGUUUGGAAUGUCAUCAAAAUCUUAGUAGUCUGGAAUUGGAGGUUAUCAGAAUCUGAGUUUACUUAUGCAGUGAACUGAAAAAUAUUGUCACCUGCAACUUUACCUUGUUAGUGCAAAUACCUGUAGUAAAAUAGUAAUGGUUUUAGAAUUAUGUGUUGGUUUGUACAUUCCAGAGAUUUGUAUGAAAACUUCCAGGCCUAAAAGCAUAUAAGGAAUGAAAAUAUGUAGGUGAUUAGCUCAAUAUUAAGAUUUUACUUUUGAAAUACUGUCAAAAACAAAGCUUGGAGUAAUGGAAAUACUGUGAGAAUAUGAAAGUUUGUCAUUCAUUUCAUAUUAUACUCACAUUGAUUACAAUUCAUCUCAUUUUCUAGCCAGCUCUUUGGGAAUUUAACUAGAUUAUUUUAGAAUGGCUUUACCUUUGUAACUGGUUAUUGUGUUUGAAAGAGCAAAGUUUUGAGUUGCUUUCAAUGAGGUAUGCCCAGUUUAUGCCUUUAAGAUAGGUAUGUGUGCAUUUUCAAAGGAAAUUUACUAUUAUGUUAAUAUAUGACGGGAAAUGCAUAUUUAUCUGGUUGCAAAAGUUGUAAAUUUUAUCAGUGAGAUUACUUGUUUAUAGUUUUUAAUAUUGACUAUAUUUAACUUUUGUCAGUUUAGUUAUUACAACAUAUUCAUAUCACCUCAGCAGACUUGUUCCUUUAUUUCGUGUUCAGUGAAUUGUUUACCCUAACACAUGGUUAUGUGGGUAACAUGGUCACAUUUUUCAUCUUGGCUGAAACACAUCUGGUGUUAAUUCAGAUUUUAGGUUUACAUACUGAAUUAUGUUUAAGGGAAUUUGUAUCAGUGUGAAUGUGUGCUGGAAUUAAUACUAAAGUUAACUGUGAAAACUUUAGCUGGCUUGGUUCUCUUACCACCACUUACCACUUUUUGGAAAGUAAUAUUCAUACAGUUCUGAUGCAGUAUUGUGAAGCAUUGUAAUGGCAUUCUUAUUGUGUUUGGAAAAGUUUGUCUUGUGUAUACUAUUUAGAUUUCUUCUGUAACACUGCUGUUCUGUUUUGUAAUAAAGAUAUCAGAUAACUUUCAUAUUUUUCAAAUGGUACAGUAGCUUUUAAAAUAGCUAACGUAGAGAGUACCAAAUUAGCUACGGUCACAUUUUUUGAGUUGUAGGGAAAAAUACUUGAACUAAAUUUCUCAUGUUCAAAAUUGAGCAUUGCUAAUUUUGUAAUUGAUAUUUGUUUUUGUUUAUUUCUUUGUACAGUGCUACCCCACUUUUUCAUGCUUAACUUUGUCGUGGAUUUUUGUGGAACAAAUUUUUCACAUUUCCAGAGGAACUUAAAUUAACUCACAAAAUUUUUUUUGUGGGCUGAAUCUCUAAAGUUAACACCAAUUCACUUUUUUUAUAUUAAAGUUAGGC